AUGAUCUGGGGUGUCAUAUUAAUGUGUCAUGCUGCUUGUCAUAGUGCAGGUCCCUUCUUGGUUUGUCGUUUCUUCUUGGGUGUCUUUGAAGGUGUUAUGAAUCCUGCUUAUAUCUUACUUACCUCACAAUGGUGGAAAAAAAAUGAACAAUUUAUGAGAUCAUGUAUUUGGUUUGGUUUCCAAGGAUUUGGUACAUUAGUUGGUGCUGGUAUAGCACAUGGUUUGUACACUUAUAGGGUUGGUGAGCAUGCAUUUGCCUCUUGGAGACUAUUGUACAUCAUCACUGGAAUUAUCACUAUCUUUUUAGGUGCUUUAUCUUAUAUUCAUAUUCCGGAUAUUCCAAUUAAAGCUUGGUUCUUAAAUGACCUUGAUAAAAAAUAUGUCGUUGAAAGAAUUAGAGGUAAUCAAAUUGGAUUUGGUAGUAAGCAUUAUAAAAAAUAUCAAGUUGUUGAGGCUUUUUUAGAUCCAAUCACUUACCUUUUCUUUGUUUAUGGUAUUAGUUAUUCAAUUGCCAAUGCUUCAUUCACAAAUUUUGGUUCCAUUUUACUAAAUAAUGAUUUUGGAUUCUCUACAGGUGAUUCAUUAUUGAUGAACAUGCCUGGUGGUGGUAUUGAUAUUGUGAUUCCUCCGGUGGUUGCUUAUCUGAACUAUAAGCUGAUGAAAAACAGAAGACUCUAUAGUUGUGCUAUAGUCAACGCAAUUGUUGUCGUUGGUAUGUGCUUAUUCAAUUUUACUGAGCAUAAAGGCUCAAGAUUGACUGGUUAUUAUAGUUUUUAUGUUGCAACGGCUGUCAUUUCAGGAAUGAUUUCAAAUAUUUCUUCAAAUGUUGCAGGACAUACAAAGAAAACUACAGUGAAUACGGUGUUUUUGAUUGGUUAUUGUGUUGGUAAUAUCGUUGGGCCUCAGACUUUCAAAGGCAGUGAAGCACCUCACUAUCCAACUGCAAAAGCAAUUUUGCUAGCUGCUUUUGUUACUGGAACAUUAUGUAUUAUCGCGAUGAUUUGUAUCUAUACAUUUAGAAAUCAUCAACGUGAUAAAAAGCGUGCUGAAUUGGGAGAUAAAUAUGUCAUUCCUGAGAAUCUUGAAUUCUCUGACUUGACAGAUAAAGAGAAUCCAGAAUUUAGAUAUUCCUUAUGAUCAUUUAUAAUACUUCUG